AUUCGAUUCUAUAAUUUUGAUGCUGGCUAAUUUGGCAUCGCACUUGAAGACCAAAAGUCGUGCACUUUGGAGGAAUUGUUCUCACAUCACUUGUGGGCUUAUUCGACGGUUCGCAAUCAGUUGCAUAUCAAAAUCAAAAUUACCAAGAAGCAAAGAAGGCAUACGCGGAGAUGGAAGGUGUUUGUUUCGUUCUGUGGUUCAUGGAGCUUGUCUAAGAGCAGGGAAGCCAUCUCCAAGUGACAGCCAUCAGAAAGAACUUGCAGAUGAGCUUAGAGAGAAGGUAGCAGAUGAAUUCAUUAAGAGGAGGGCUGACACUGAAUGGUUUCUUGAAGAUGAUUUUGAGAGAUACGUUGUACAGAUGCGGCAACCCCACAUUUGGGGAGGCGAGCCUGAGUUGCUUAUGUCCUCGCAUGUCCUGCAGAUACCGAUUACAGUUUAUAUGCGGGACAAGAAUUCUAGGAGUCUCAGAAUCAUAGCUGAAUAUGGUAAAGAGUAUGGUAAGGAUAACCCUAUCCGUGUACUUUAUCAUGGCUAUGGACACUACGAUGCAUUGCGUGGUCCAAGUCCAACUACUGGUGCAGCGUCCAAGCCGUUGAAACAAAGAACAGAGAUGCAGUGUUAGGGCUGUAGUCAUAGUGAGAAUCUUGAACUGUAUUGCUUUGCUUCUAGAUUUGAUCAUCUGUUAUGAAUAAAAUCGUUCAAACAUUAGAUCGAUUCCAAUUCA